AUGCCUCGAUUUUUAGGAUGUCGCGGCAAUAGCCUCAAUAUUGUUGCCAUUCUAGGCGUCCUAAUGCCUGGAAUCAUGUCUGUUGGUUACAACGCAGCGUCCCUUGGAGGAGUAUUGACCUUCAACACCUUUGAGGCUCAAUUUCCCGACAUCGAUGUGACACAUUCGCAAAACCCUUCACACACUUCGACUUUACAGGGGACAGUCGUCGCUGUUUACGCGAUCGGCGGUUUCCUUGGUACUUUCUCCUGCAUCUGGCUCGGUGACAUUCUUGGGCGUCGACGUACUAUCAUGACGGCUUCGGUUGUUCAGAUCCUCGGAGCUACUCUGAAUGCCACCGCCUAUUCUUUGACCCAACUUAUCGUCUCGCGGGUGAUCAUUGGUGUUGGAACAGGCGCGAUUCUGGCCACCAUUCCUCUCUGGCAGUCGGAAAUCUCUCCUGCGCAUAGGCGUGGCGCACAUGUUGUCACCAAGGGAGUGUUUAGUGGACUAGGAUGUGCUCUUGCACUGUUCCUGGAGUUUGGGAUGUCGUUCAUGCAGGGAAGUAUAACAUGGCGCCUACCAUCUGCCUUUCCCAUGUUUCUAUCCUCCGUCAUUCUGGGCUUCAUGUUCUGCCUCCCAGAAUCUCCUCGUUGGCUUCUUUGCCAGAACAGGGUCCCGGAAGCUCGUGAAAUCUUGGCCGCUCUAGAGAACGCAAGUCCAGACAGUGAGGUGGUUGAGAACCGAAUCAGAGAAGUACAAUCUUCUCUGGAUUUGUCUGGGAACGAAAAGUCUCUGGGGCGGGUAUAUCAUAUGGGGCCGCAACGAACACUCCAUCGAGCGUUGCUGGCUGUUGGAGGUAUGAUUUUCGUCCAGCUCACAGGUUCAACAGUGACUACCUUCUACACCACUGAAAUUUUUGAAAAGGAUCUUCUUCUCAGCGAAUCUACAUCUCGACUCCUAGCAGCAGCCUAUCAACUUGUCGGACCCAUCGGCGGCAUAGUCUCAGUUCUUACAAUUGAGGUCGUUGGUCGACGCAAGCUGAUGAUGCUCAGUGCAGCAGGAAACGCAACGUGCCUGGCGUUGGUUGCCGGCCUUGGGUCACAAACCACGAACAUCACCUCCGCCCAUGCUGCUAUCUUCUUCAUAUUCUUGUUCCACUUCAGUUACAUCAUCGGCUUUGGAGGAAUACCUUAUCUUUACGCCACGGAACUUGCACCACUUCACCUGCGUACAACAAUCAACAGUUUCAGCAUCAGCAUGUCCUGGGCCUUCAGCAUUUUAAUCGCCAAUGUUACCCCGAUCGCAUUCAAUAGCAUGGGGCAGAAAUACUUCUUUAUAUUUGCGGCAUUCAACGCAUCAAUUGUGCCAAUUGUCUAUUAUCUGUUCCCCGAGACUUCGGGACGAGAGCUUGAGGAAAUUGACGAGAUCUUUACCAUCUCCAGCGGCGUGCUGGAUGUUGUCAAGCGGGCUAAAGAACUGCCUAAACGCCAACCCAACGAAUUGUUGAUGGAAGAGAAGCUAAAAGCUGGUCUCACAGUCUCAGAAACCCCUGUGUGA